AGAGUUAGUGUGGUUCUAUGUUCCUCCUGCAGGGGGCGUCUUCAUCUACGGCUCGUCCUGAAUCCCACUGUUACACCAUUUUAGAUACAGUUGCUCAUUUACGCUUAAGAAAGAUGAAAGAUAACAGAAGAGAGCAGCCCGGGAAAUGGAGCGCAGAUGGAGGAAAAGAAAACUAAAGAUCUCUGCUCACAGUGAUUGUGUUCUUUUGCUGAUCGAUCGAUUGGUCAGUCAUGACUUGGGCUCUGGAGGAAGGUGCUAUUCGCAUCAACGUGGGAGGCUUCCGGCGGAGACUGCUCUCCCAGCGGCUCUCUCGGUUCCCCGAGACCAGGCUCGCCCGGCUGCUCCGGUGCCAAUCUAAAGAGUCUGUCCUGGAGCUCUGCGAUGACUAUGACGACUCAGAGAACGAGUUCUACUUCGACCGCAACCCGGCGCUCUUCCCAUACGUCUUACACUUCUACAACACAGGGAGGCUUCACGUCAUGGAUGAGCUCUGCAUCUUCUCCUUCAGUCAGGAGAUCGAAUACUGGGGCAUUGACGAGCUGUUCCUGGACUCGUGCUGCAGCAGCUCCUAUCACUGCCGCCGGACAGAGCCCGAGGAGAGCGACUCAGAGGACAGGAGCGAGGAGGCCAGCACCACCUCCUCCUUCCACGAGAUCCUGGAGUUCUACAGCGACGCUGGCAAAUUUGACAAGCAGCUGCUGGGAAGUGUCCGGCGGAGGAUCUGGCUGAUGCUGGACAAUCCUGGCUACUCCAUCCCUAGCCGGCUCAUCAGCAUCUUCUCCAUUUUGGUGGUGCUGAGCUCCAUUGCCUCCAUGUGCAUGAACAGCAUGAGUGAGUUUACGCUGCUGGACGCUGACGGAAAGCCCCAUGAGGACCCUCGCUUCGAGGCCGUGGAGCACUUCGGCAUCGGUUGGUUCACUCUCGAGCUGCUGGCUAGGUUCGCCGUUGCUCCGGACCUUCUGCAUUUCUUUGAGCACCCAUUGAACCUGAUCGACCUGGUGUCCAUCCUGCCCUUUUACCUGACCCUGCUGAUGCACCUGGUGGCAGAGAGUGGCCCGGCGCUGGCCAAUCUGGGCCGAGUGGCUCAGGUGCUGAGGUUGAUGAGGGUCUUCCGUAUCCUGAAACUGGCACGUCACUCAACAGGUCUCCGCUCGCUCGGAGCCACGCUCAAGAACAGCUACAAGGAGAUCGGCCUGCUGCUGCUCUAUCUGGCCGUUGGUGUGUCCUUCUUCUCAGUCAUGGCCUACACUGUGGAGAAGGAGGACAACGAGGGAUUGAGCACCAUCCCAGCCGGCUGGUGGUGGGCCACGGUCAGCAUGACCACGGUGGGAUACGGCGACGUGGUUCCAGGCUCUGUCGCGGGAAAACUGACCGCCUCUGCCUGCAUCCUGGCGGGAAUACUGGUCGUGGUACUUCCAAUCACUUUGAUAUUUAACAAAUUUUCUCUGUUUUAUAAGAGACAGAAACAGCUGGAGAUCGUCAUGCAGAGCUGCAACUUCGAUGGGGGAAUGAAGGAGGCUCCGUCUGUGAAUCUGAGGAAUUAUUAUGCUCAUAAAGUCAAAACACUGAUGGCCAGUCUGUCCAACAUGAGCCGCAGUUCACCCAGCGAUCACAGUCUAAAUGUGUCUCUGCAUUAGACAGGAACUAAUGUUUGGGUCAUGGAUCUAACACCUGAUUCAACGCAUCGGAUAGGUAGUUAAAGUAAUGAUGUGUGUUUAUACAGGCAGGGAUGGGACUCACGAUGAAUCAACUUCUUCACCUGUGUUUUCUUUCAGCUUUUUCUCCAAUUGCCCAGCAUGCACAGCAGCUUUGUUUAGUUCCAAGGAACACAUGUCUAUAUUAAUGGAAGCACUACAUCUCUUCUGGAUGCCACUACUAUAUAUAUAUAUAUAUAUAUAUAUAUAUAUAUAUAUAUAUAUAUAUGUGUGUGUGUGUGUGUGUGUGUGUGUGUGUGUGUGUGUGUGUGCACUGUGCAGAGAGUCUUCUGUAUUUGUUAUUCAUAAAGGAAAACAGUUAUAGUGGCUAUGUUUGAAAGUGCUUAAAUUAUUUUGAGAAGCAAGGUCUAUGAAGGGUUAUUGUCGCACAGGUAUUUCUAUAGAAAUUUUAAAAGAAAUGAUUUCCAGUUAAGUUUAGUUGCUUUUGAAUUAUUUUCACACAUCUGUAAAACCAUUAGAGUUCAUCAGUCAAGUUAUCAUUCUUCUUUUGUUAAUAUUGCUGUUGUUUAAUUUUUAAUAAAUUUUAAGUGCAGCAUAUAAUCCUGGUGGAUGGGGUCAGGGGUCAUACAUUGUUCAACAUACAUUCAAACAGUAUAUGGCUCACAUUUAAAUGUCAUUAUAUAUAUAUAUGUGUGUGUGUGUGUGUGUGUGUGUGUGUGUGUUUAGUUGUUUCAUUAUGAUGUGUUUCCUGUGGGUGUGAGAACAGAAUCAGACUGAUUACAGAAUGUAAUGAUUUCUGAUUCAGGUGCCUUGUGUUUGUUGACCACAGAUAUAUUUUUAGAGUUGUGGCACUAUUUUCAUGCUGUAAUGCUGUAAUGUGAAAUAAAGUAAAUGUCAGUGUUGGAUGUACUUCAUUUAUAUAAUUAAAAUAUAUGAUGUGAUGUAGUAUUUUUAUUUGUAUUAAAAAAUCAUUUCUUUGCUGAGGAGAGGUUUGGUUACUG